GAACAUGAACUUAACCUGUUCAAGCUACGUUUGAAACUUAACAAACUUCAAAAAAUGUUCGUGCUUGAACUGAUCUCCAACAUUUAAUGAGCCGAACACAAGUUUAAUUCUACUAUCUUGGUUCGUUCAUUAGCUCUAUUGGAUAAUUCACCACAAGGUUAUGGUAUUAUUCUCGUUACUACAAUCAGAGGAGAAAGGGAAAUACAACUCCAUUUACAAUAGUAUUGAAUCUGUUUCCUCUGAGAAAGCAAGAAAUCCUAUUUUCGCUUGUCUCUCCAGUUGUGAGAAAUUCCCUUAGAGCACCAUUUCAUCUUCUGUAAUCUUGUCAAAGCGCAUAGGGCACCAAGGGUAGCACUUUUGACUUGUGAGACAAUUGAAAGAAACUUUGGUAAGGUGCAGUUCAUUGAGAUAUGGAAGAAGAGUUGCAAGUAAGUUCGGAAGUACCAGUGAUGAAGGUACUCGACAAGGCGGACAGCAAUACUGAUUCCGCUAAGAUCAUCAAAGAAGAUUUGAGCCAAAUCUCAAUAGAAGGAAAGAAAGAAGAAGAUGAAACGGCCUUGGAAGGUGAAUUCAUAAAAGUAGAGAAGGAGCCCUUAGAUGGAAAGGAUGAACCACAUUAUGCUGAGAAGGAGAAGCCAUCGGUCAUUGAACGAAGCUCAAGCAAUUCCACUGCAAGCAGAGAACUUCUGGAAACACAGGAAAAGGUCAAAGAACUGGAGUUCGAAUUGGAUAGAGUAGCCGGAUCCCUAAAACAUUCCGAAGCUGAAAAUUCUCAGCUGAAGGAAGAAGUAUCCAUUACAAAGGCAAAGCUGGAGGAGAGCGGAAAGAAAUACGAAGAACUGGAGCUUAGUCACAAGAAACUAGAAGAGCAGGUUGUUGAAUCAGAGGAGAGAUACGGUAUACAACUUAAGGCCUUGCAAGAGGCUUUGGAAGCCCAAGAUGCGAAGCACAAGGAGCUGGCUGACGUGAAGGAAUCAUUUGAAAGUCUCAACCUUGAGCUUGAGAGCUCAAGAAAGAAGAUGGAGGAGCUACAGCAAGAGCUGCAAUCUUCUACGGGUGAGGCACGUAAGUUCGAGGAGUUACACAAGGAGAGCGGCUCACAUGCUGAGUUAGAGACGAAAAAGGCCUUGGAGUUUGAAAAGUUGCUCGAAAUGGCAAAGUUGAGUGCGAAAGAAGUGGAGGAUCAGAUGGCUUGCUUACAAGAAGAGGUCAAGGACCUUUACAAGAAGAUUGCCGAAAACCAGAAGGUUGAAGAAGCACUGAAAAGUACAGCGGCUGAGCUUUCCACGGUUCAAGGAGAGUUGGAGGUUUCCAAAUCACAAGUGGUGGAAAUUGAGCAGAGGCUCGCUUCAAAGGAAGCCGUUCUAGAUGAACUGACUCAAGAAGUUGAUUUGAGAAAGGCAUCGGAAUCACAGUUGAAGGAAGAUUUCUCUGCACUAGAGAAUUUGUUAUUGUCUACAAAAGAAAAUCUUCAAGUUAAGGAGACCGAGUUAGAAGAAGCCAAAUCGAAGUUAAACGAGGAAGUACAAUCAAAGGAAGCACACGUUUCAAGUGUUUCGACAAUACAAGAAGAACUUUCCAAAGUAAUGAAAGAAAAAGAAGCUCUAGAAGCUGCUGUGGCAGAUUUAAACAGUAAUGCGGCUCAGAUGAAGGAGGCAUGUGAUGAUCUCGAGGCAAAGUUGCAGUCAUCGGAUGAUAACUUUUGUAAAGCUGAUGCUCUUCUGUCUCAAGCUUUGGCAAAUAUUGCUGAGCUGGAACAGAAGCUAAAAUCUCUUGAAGAGCUCCACCACGAAUCCGGAUAUGCAGCAACGACUGCCCUACAAAAGAAUGUUGUGCUUGAAGAUAUAGUACAAGCUUCAAAUGCAGCAGCUGAAGAAGCUAAAUUACAACUGGGAGAGCUUGAGGCGCGUUUUAUAGCCGCCGAGCAGAAAAAUGCUGAACUGGAGCAACUGAUCAACCUGCUAGAGCUGAAAAGCAAUGACGCUGAAAGAGAACUGAGGAAAGUUUCAGAGAAAAAUUUGGAACUCGGUGCGAAAAUCGAAGAGGUUGAGGAAGAAAAGAAACAGAUGAGUGGCAAAAUACAAGUAUACGAGGACAAGGUGACUGAGAUGGAGUCUGCCUUAAAGAUUGCUGAAGAGAAGUGUGCUGAACAUGAGGGAAGAGCUACUACAACGCAUCAACGCAGCCUUGAACUUGAAGAUCUAAUCCAGAUGUCUCAUUCGAAAGCAGAUGAUGCUGGCAAAAAGGUUAGCGAGUUGGAGCUGUUGCUAGAAGCAGAGAAGUACAGAAUCCAGGAGCUCGAGGAACAAAUAAGCGUGUUGGAAAAGAAAUGUGGGGAUACAGAAGCUGAAUCAAAGAACAAGUUGGAUAAGAUAUCUGAACUUGAAAUGGAACUCGAAGCAUUCCAAUCAAAAGCAUCAAGCCUUGAGGUUGCACUUCAAACGGCCAAUGAAAAGGAGAAGGAGUUAACUGACAUCGUGAAUGUAACGACAGAAGAGAAGAAAAAUUUAGAAGAUGGGUUCAGGAAUUCAAGUGAGAAGCUUUCUGAAACCGAAACACUCCUUGAAGUCUUGCGUAACGAAUUGAAUCUCACUCAACAAAAAUUGGAAAGCAUUGAGGCUGAUCUUAAAGCUGCUGGGAUGAGAGAAAGUGAGGUUAUGGAAAAACUGAAGUCGGCUGAGGAGCAACUAGAGCACCAAGGCAAAGUGUUGAAUGAAGCUACUUUGAAACACUCAGAGCUUGAAACUUUACAUGAGUCUGUAAGUAGGGACUCAGAGCUGAAACUCCAAGAAGCAUUUGCAAACUACAGCACCAGGGAUUCAGAGGCAAAGUCACUUUACGAGAAACUAGCGAUUCUUGAAAAUCAAGUGAAGGUUUACGAAGAGCAGAUAGCCGAAGCAGCUGAAAAAUUUGCUUCUUCAGAGAAGUUCAAUGAAGAACUCAAAAGCAAGAUUUCAGAGGUGGAAGAAAAGGCUGCACAGUUUUCCUCUGAAAGUGAAUUGUUAGCCGAGACAAAUGCACAGCUGAAAACGAAGGUUAGUGAGCUUCAAGAGUCAUUGAACGCCGCCUAUGGUGAAAAGGAAGCUACUGAUCAGCAACUGGCUUCUCACAUGAAUACUAUUGCUGAGUUAGCCGAUAAGCACUCUAAAGCAUCUGAACUUCACAUAGCAGCUGAAGCCCGGAUUUCAGAGGCUGAAAGAGAGUUAGAAGAAGCCAUUCUGAAGUUUAGUCAUAGAGAUUUGGAAGCGACAGAUUUGACUGAAAAGCUAAGUGCGCUCGAAAGCCAGAUAAAGAAGUAUGAAGAACAGGUUCAUGAAGCAACUGGUAUCAUAGAGAGUCAAAAGAUUGAGUUGGAACAGACCCUUGUGAAAUUGAAGGGUUUGAAAGGCAUUGUUGAGGAGAUGCAGAACAAGUCCGGUCUGUUUGAGAAAGAGAGAGAAGGGUUUGGUGAGUCGAAUUUGAAGCUUACUCAGGAAUUGGCGGCAUAUGAGUCCAAACUAAAUGAACUAGAAGCGAAACUUUCUGCUACUGUUACCGAGAAGGAUGAAGCACUGGAACAGCUUUCCUCUUCAAAGAAGUUGAUAGAAGAUUUGACAGAGCAGCUUGCGGUUGAAGGGCAGAAACUACAAUCUCAGAGAGAAGCAGAUUCUCAAAAGGAAGUGGAACGAGAAGCGGCUCUGAAGCAUUCCUUUGGAGAGGUUGAAGCUAAGAAUGAAGUGGUUGCAGCUCUAGAAAAGCAAGUGAAAGAGCUUGAGCAGAAAUUGCAGCUAGCUGAUACUAAAUCCCAACAGAAGGAUGAUGGAAUGGAGGUGAAAUCGAGAGACAUUGGCUCGACUUUUUCUACUCCAUCGAAACGAAAGAGUAAGAAAAAGCUAGAAGCUGCAACAUCUGCACAAACACCAACUGCUGAGGGAGUCCACACUCAAACAACUGAGGCUGCAGUUUCUCCUCUCGCGACUUUCAAGGUCGUUUUAGGCGUGGCACUGGUGUCUGUUAUUAUUGGCAUAAUUCUUGGAAAAAGGUAUUAGUGAUUGCUUUCUAGAUUUCGGUUUUGCCUUUAUUUAUACUCUUUUUUUUUUUUUUUUUGGGGGGGGGGGGGGGGGGGGGGGGGGUGUGUGUUUUUCAGGGUUGGGUUGGGAUUGUUUAGGUGGUUAUUUAGUUAUAAUAAGUGCAGAUUGGGAAGUAUAAUGGGUAUGCAUUUUUAAGUUAUGAGUUUGAAGUUGGUCAGGGAAUUGGUUUUUGAUUUCUAGCCCUUACCGGUAUGCGAAAAAAGAACAAAAGGACAGUUGGUUCAUGUAUCAUUCAAGCUUGUAUGUAGUGUUUUGAUUGAUUUUUUGCUA